GCUGGCGAAUAUCGCGUAGUACCAGUGCGCGUUACCAACUGGACAUUACGGGACUGGAGGAACACUCUAUACUACUGCGGUGUCAUUGUGCGUACGCGAUGAACCUAGCGACUCUGGUGUGGUCAGUGCUGUUGACGCUACAGUGGGACGCAGCUCUGUGUGCCACCAUCCCAGCCUGCCCAGAUAUACCUGAAGUAGGGAAUGCGACGUACGAAGAACUCGAAAGACAUGAUGCGUCACCGUACAUGCGUGUGCGGUACAUAUGCAACGAAGGUUACUACUUAGAAGGUUCACAUGAGAUUGCUUGCGUAGACGCUGAGCAGGGCCGCCAGUGGCACCCAGAGCCUCCAGCAUGCCAUGGUUUCAAAAAUUGUGAGGAUAUAGGGGACAUUCCAAAUGGUUUUGUGACCGGAGAUGAGGCCUGCUGCAAACCGGGUGACAAACUGGGUUUCGUGUGCGAUAAUGACGUCACACACCAGCUCGUCGGCACAAGUGAACUGACGUGCUUGAACAACGGUUCCUGGGAUCAUCCUGCUCCACAAUGCUUAGGUCGCAACUGCAGUUCUCCCGGAACUCCACCGCGCGGCGACGUAGAUUAUUACAAGGAUAGUGUCCUCUAUUACGGUGACUGUUGUAAGCAUGGCGUUGAAGCACGCUUCACCUGCGAUGAAGAGUACGACCUCGUAGGGCAAGAGAGCAUAACUUGCCAGAACCGUGAAUGGUCAGCUCCGAGGCCACGCUGCAAACCCAAGGCAGUGGAGGUGUGCGAAGACCUGGUCGUGCCCAACUCUGUGGUGAGAGCAGACAAAUCGGGUGGAGAUUAUUUCGUUCCAGAUGAUGAAGCUUUAGUGCAUUGCAAUCAUGGUUACCGACUUAACGGGACUGAUUUCCUGGUAUGCAACGAAGAUGGCACUUGGAGUGACCCCGUACCUUCAUGUGUUGAGUACAACUGCACUCGAGUGGACUUCGGCCCCCAUAUCAUCGUGGAAGAGUUUGUGAACAGCAACGUCACUGAAUUCCCCGUCGACAGCCGAGUCUACCCGAAGUGCGAAGAGGGUUACAUGCUCAAGGGCGCAUCCAGCCUGAUCUGCACGGGAGGCGGAUGGUCUGGAAAGCCAAAGUGCCGAAGGAUCCACUGUGGCCGUCCAUCGGUGCCAGAGUUCGGUUGGAUGAAGAUCGAUACCUCGUUCAUAGGAGACGUAGCUUCAUUCGGCUGCCAAGAGGGGUAUAAGCUGAUUGGUCACGAGAACCGCUUUUGCCUCAACAACGGGGUAUGGAGUGGAUGUGUGGCACGUUGCGUCUUGGAAGAGGGGCUUGUGGCUCAACGCGGUUGCGAGAGCCCGGGUAUACCAGACAAUGGCGUGAAGAGUGGAAGGUCUUACAGACCCGGAGCAAACGUCACCUUUGCCUGCAAUCCAGGUUAUAGCCUUCGAGGGCAGGAUACGAUCUCUUGUGACCACAGGGGGUUCUGGUCACAUCCACUUCCAACUUGCAUAGGGAAGUUCUACUACGACAUGCCGUCGAACGUGGAGGAAAGGUUGAUGAAGCCACUGAGAAUCAUUCAAAACAUGUCGGAUACCUUAAAUACUCCGGUAGAGAGCAGAGCAAGGGUGCUGAACCUGAAUGUAUCAGGCGUUCGCCACGUGGCCUAUUUCGUUAUCGACGCGUCUACCAGCAUGGGCGAAAGAGACUUUUGGAAAGGCGUCGCCUUGACGAGAGCCAUAAUUAUGAAGAUCAAUGUCACACAGCGAGGCCAUCGCGUUGGCGUGGUAACAUUCAGCAACAGCGCCACGAGUGUUGCAAAGCCCCACGUAGACGUCUCAAUGGAUAUGGUGCUUGAAAAACUUCGUAACAUAUCUUACACGAAAGGAGGAACUGAUUUGAAGGCAGCGUUGGCUCAAGUAGAAAAAGAUUUCCAUACUGCUAGACGCAAGAUUCUUCAAAGCCAUGAAAAGCUGCAUAUAAGCAUCUUCCUGAUAACCGACGGAAAGGCUAACUUGGGCGGGAGUCCAAAGCAAGUUUUGGCUAAGCUGAAACGAAAACCACACCAGGCUGAAGUCUACGCCAUAGGCGUAACCAGUACUCCCAAUCGAGAAGCUCUGGAGGGUUUAGUGUCCAGUCCAGUAGAUGACCAUUUGUUCAUUCUUCGGGACUACGACAGCAUUGUGUGGCUAGCAGAGAAGCUCACCAACGGGACUAUAGACUAUUCCGUAUGUGGGAGCACCCAGAGGCACAAUAUUGACACCGGUAAGGAAGAUGGACCUCAGGCCAGGAUCGCAGGCGGUGAAGAUGUCGAGACGCCCUGGCCUUGGAUGGUGAAACUCAAUAGGUCAGGUGCUCUGUGCGGCGCCUCUAUCAUUUCAAGAACUUGGAUCUUGACCGCUGCGCAUUGCGUUUCCAAUGGAGGACGGUACGAGAUCGUGAGACCAGAGGAAAUCCAGAUACAACUAGGAUUGACGGACACAAGAAAUACAUCGUCGGUAAAAAAUAUUCCGGUAAAAAGUAUAAUACGACACGAAGAUUACAACGGAACUACAUUCGAGAACGACAUCGCCCUUCUUGAACUGCAGAGCAACAUGACUUACGAUGCGUAUAUUCGACCCAUUUGCCUCCCUCCUGGGAAACUUCGGAGCAGCAGCCAUUUCUACCCUGCGAAGAAGCAUGCAUUUGCUAUUGGUUGGGGAAAAAGCGGCACCUGGAACACUAUGCAAAAAUUACAACAAGUCAAGAUCACCAUCCACGAUGACGCGACGUGUACCUCUGCACAUAAGAACCACACCUAUACGGACAACAUGAUGUGCGCUGGUGGUUACGGGGAAGGUGACUCCUGCAAGGGUGACAGUGGUGGACCAUUGAUGCAAGGUGUUACCAAAGACGAAUAUAUCUGGACCCAAGUGGGCAUCGUGAGCUGGGGCCAGGGUGAAGGAUGUAAAAAAAGCGGCAAACCCGGCGUCUAUACCAGGCUGUCGAGAUACAGGCCAUGGAUAGAUCAAUACGUGCCAGACGCGCAAGAAAGUCCAUAACUGUUACAUACGAGAUCCAGCCAACUAUCUCCAAUCUCCAUCCCUUGGCGGAGUAGUCCCCUAUCGGCGAUGUCGCGCACGAAGGAACUAUACCAAUACAGUCUCCGAGGUAAGGCCACGCAGGGCCACCUGUUCGGGAGAGCGCACCAUCGCACACUCGGCGUCGUCUGCUAGGGAGAGCAGUUGAGCGCGGCCUCCCUCGGGGAGGGCAUUGGUAUAGUUCCUUCGUGCGCGACAUCACCGAUAGAGGAUCGCUACGCCUCGGGCUAGAGGUUCAAGACAAAUGUGUCCCAAACAGUACACCUAUAAACAGCACGACCGAUGCAGCUGGAACCUUCCUCUACUCUGUUGUUGUUAUUUGAUGAAUGUAACGAUGUAACGCUUGGGCAAAACAGGCAUGAAAAAAAAAUACGUAUUAACUUUAAACUUAUUAAAACUUAAAAACAGUA